AUGAGCUUAACAGUAGACUAUUUUUUAUUUAGUGAGGUAAACAAUUACUCUGUCUUUUAAUUGGAUAUAUAUAUAAAUGAAUGAUUUAAUAUAAAUAUCAACCUUUUUCACGCCUAAUAAAGUUUUUAUUGUUUUUAUUCACUUUUGUUGACAUUUUACCUUUUUUUUUUUUAAAAAAAAAAACAAAAAAAAAAAAUAUGCAAUAUCAUCAUAAAGACUUUAUUCACGUUAGACAUACGAAUGAAGGUCAUCCUAUCUCAUAUCGACUAAUUUCAUCUGGUUGGGCUGGUUAUCAUAAUCUGACGAGAGGGCAAAUAAAUGAAUUUUUUAUCCCAUCUUUUCUCACAGUAAAUACAUCUCCGGCUUGUGACGUGCUUCUUGUUCCAAACACCCUUGUGUUACCACCUUUUGUCAUAUCCGGACAUAAUCAUUAUUGUAAUGUGAGAGGCCAAUUUACAUCCUCCAGGACUUACUCCUUACAUUCACAACCACAACUACAACCACAUGAAAAUCGAGAACAGUUAUCUUGUGAAAUCAAAGAUGCGUCAAACAACAAUGAAAGAGAAAGAGCAGAAUCUUUUAUUACUGGCGGUAAUCCUCAUCUUGCAGAUCUUUGGCGUGAAAUUAAUUCAUUUGAUUAUGAAGCGUUUGUAGAAUCAAUUGAAGGCAAUUAUCAUGAUAAUGUUUCUGCUGAUAAUAACGCGAUGAAUAAUGUGCAACAAAUUCAAACAUCUCAUUUAUCACCUCAGAAACAUAUAUCUAUUUGUAAAUAUGAAAAUGUUACUGAUGAGUUUGUUGAUGUUAAACUUGAAAUCGAGAAUAAUACCUGCUGCUCGAUUACAACAGAAGAAUUUAUUCUUCCAAAAAUUGAACAAGAGACUCUUUCUCAAAAAGAAUCACAGAAUCCUUUGAUUUUAGAUACAAAAUCACCGGAUAUUUCUGAUUCCUCUCAAUCCUUGCAAGAUUGUGUUUCAAGCAAUAAUUCAAAUAGAAAGAUAACCGUUCCUUCACCGUCAACUUCACCACGUUCUUCUCCAACUUCAUCUCCUCACUUAAAUUCAAUAAAAUUUGAUGAAUAUUUAUAUGAUGCACCAAAAACAUACGAAGAACCAUUUAACUCGAAAUAUCGUUAUAAAUGUACUGUACCUUCUUGUACACAAAGAUUCAAAGAAUAUCGUUCAUUAAUGUCUCAUCUUCGAAUUAAUCACGGUCAUCAUGGAAAAAAUAUAUUGGAUCAUAGAAAGAGAAACGGAAAAGCAAUGGUACAGUGUGCGAAAUGUCAACGUUUCUUUGUAUCAAAAUGGUAUUUAAAGAAACAUCGAAAGUUUUGCCAUGAAAAUGGUAAACAAGGGGAAUGGAUUGAUUGUGAAUAUUGUCAAAAAUCAUAUUUAACAGAUUGUGAACGUAAAAAGCAUUAUGCUAAGGAUCAUUCUGAUAAGAUUAAAGAAUUAUGGGAACAGCAAUGGUGUUAAUUUCGGAGAGUAGUAUUAUUUAUAAAUAUUGUAAAGUAAAAAAAAGCUUAUAAUUAACAAUUGUAAACAACAAUUAGAAGGCAAUAAUCUUUUGCAGUCGAAUUUUUUUUAAAAAAACCUGUUGAACGUAAGAAAUAAAAAUAUAGUAGUAGUUUAUAAUUUCAUCACGAAGUUAAAAAGAUACAAU